AUGCGGCUCAUACUGGUAGUAACUGUUGUGGCCGUUUUGUCCGGAUGCGCUCCUGCGUCCGGCACCCCCAAUCCUUGGCGUCGCGGAUGGCGCAGAGAAUCGGAAGAUUUCUGGCAGGAGCAACCGCCGGCGGAAAGCAAUGCUCCCGGUGAGCUGCGCUACCGACUGCCGACCUAUAUCGUGCCAUACCAUUACACCGUCUAUCUGGAGUCCGAGGUUCACACCGGCAACCGGUCGUACCAGGGACAGGUCGACAUCCACCUGGAAUUGCAGCGGCAGACGGGCACCAUCUACGUGCACAAGCGUGACCUUCGGAUAACGUACAACGCGCUGCUCAUUGUCAAUCCCAAUGAGGACGAAGUUCUGGAGGAAGAGAUGCGGUUCGCGGAGGAUGAGGAGCGUGAGUUCGCCAUCUUUUCCAUCCGGCGGGCGCUCGCCCCCAGCCGGUACAUCUUACGGAUCUGGUUUGAGGGUGAGCUGCGUACGGACGACGAUGGGUUCUAUCUCAGCUCGUACCUGGACACGAACGGCACGAGAAAGUAUCUGGCAGCGACGCAGUUCCAGGCGAUCAGUGCCCGUGCCGCCUUCCCCUGUCUCGACGAGCCGGGACUGAAGGCGACGGUUAGUUUGCAGAUCAAACAUCACCCGAGCUACCAGGCGGUCGCCAAUAUGCCGAUUAACGCCAUCGCCGGCGCCGAUGAUGGGUACGUUGUGUCGGUAUUUGAGACCACACCUCCGUUGUCCAUCUAUCUACUGGCGUUUAUGGUGUCCGACUUCCAGUACAUCGAGGACUUGGACGCUCGCCAGCGCGUGUAUGCACGCCCCACUAGCAUCAACGAAACGCAGUACGCACUUGAGACUGGCGUCCGCCUGAUGGCCACGCUGGACGAGUAUCUCGGUAUACCGUACAGUACCUACAUGCCCAAGGUGGAUCAGGUGGGUAUUCCCGACUUCUCGGCCGGUGCCAUGGAGAACUGGGGGCUGUGCAAUUACAGGGAGGAACUGCUUCUGAACGAGCCCGGUGUGACGAGUUAUCGCAGCCAAACCUCCAUCACGACCGUCGUAGCGCACGAGUUCGCCCAUCAGUGGUUCGGGAAUCUGGUAACGAACGCCUGGUGGAGCUAUCUGUGGCUCAAUGAGGGUUUUGCCUCGCUGUACGAGUAUAUGGCGGCCGAAAUGGCCUAUCCGCAGCGUGGAUAUCGGGACCUCUUUAACGUGCAGUUGGUCCAUCGGGCGCUUAAUGCGGAUAGUUCGGAAACGACGCGACCGAUGACGUUCAGCCGUGGUGCCACCUACUCCGCCAUCGUGAGCCUGUUCGACAAUGUUGCCUACGCGAAGGGUGGCUCCGUGUUGCGAAUGUUCCGUGAGCUCGUCACGGACGAUGUGUGGCGUACGGCGCUUCGAGGCUACCUGCAAGCCAACGAGUUCGGUGCGGUCACUACGGACCAUUUCGUUGCAGCUCUGGAGGAAGCGACAGAAGAUCUGGACGUGCUUCCCGACGGUGUCGAUAUGGGAGAGUUCGUUGGAAGCUGGGUGGAACAGGCCGGCUACCCGGUGCUGGAGGUCCGUCGAACCUACCGCGGGGAGAUGGUGGUAUCCCAGGACCGAUUCUACAACAACAAGAUCGUGAACGACGAUCGCUCCGUAUGGAUGAUACCGUACACGAUCCUCGAGGAGAGUGACUCUCUCUCCGAUCCGCUCGAGUAUAACUGGCUGACCGUUAAAGCUGCUCGCGUUCCCACGACCGCAGGGGACGACGAGUGGAUCCUGGCCAACGUCAACCAGCAUGGAUUCUACCGGGUGAACUAUGACACCCUCAACUGGUACAUGCUGAUCGAGGCGCUUAUCGACGAUCCUACGACCAUCCCGCUGCAAAACCGAGCGCAGCUAGUGGACGACUCGUUCUAUCUGGCCAGAUCGAACCGACUCGAUGUGGAGAUCACGCUCGAGCUGCUCACCUACCUUCGACACGAGCGGGAGUACCCACCGUGGGAAGCGGCCAGCCGCGUCUUCAACUACUUCAACAAUCGCAUGCGCGGCCAUCCGGAUUACGUCCUCUACCAGCUCUAUGUUGACACACUCAUCGGGGACGUGUUCAUGACGCUCGACGUCGCCACCGUCGACCCUGAUGAGCGGCUGCUGCACAAAUACCUCCGACAGACGAUAACCAGCUGGGCCUGCCGGAUGGAAAUAGAAAGUUGCCUCACGCAAACCCAGGAAGCGCUGCAGCUCGAAGUGACCGGCGAGCAAACGGUCCAUCCGGAUGUCGCAUCGGUUGUGUACUGCUACGGUUUGCGCACCGGUUCCGACUCCACGGCCGCUUUCCAAUAUCUGUACGAUAAGCUGCUCCGGUCGGCUAACCGCGGCGAACGUCAGAUGCUGAUCGAUGCGCUGGGUUGCGCACUCGAACGCGAUCAACUGGACGCUUUGCUGUUGGCGUCCAUCGGUGGCGACCUGCAGGUUAACUUCGACGAAGAGGAACGCUACGACAUCCUGCUGUCGGUUCUGGUGAGCCGCGAAGGUGUCGACGCCUUGAUUGACUUCCUGAGCGAGAACUUCGAGUAUGUCGCCAGCAUCCUUGGCCGCAGUACGGUGUACAGCUUAGUACAGUCGAUCGCCACGCGCACCAACAACGAGGAGGAACAGCGGCGGCUUGACGCGCUGCUCCAACAACUGGACGCGUUUCUUCCCGAGUCGCUUGUCGCCAGCGUACAGCAGACGGUGGCCUACAAUCUUGAAUGGCCUUCGACGCGUGAAGGAGUGCUGGUUACCUACUUCCUGCAACGCUACCGACCGAUACCUAUUUGA